CAGUGCUCGAGGGCAGUUUCACACUGGCAGUGCACUUGAAGGAAUGCGGUAAACUUGUCUCAUGACUUGACAUUCGUUAAAGAAGGGUCUUCCAAAUCUAGAGGUUGACUGGACACCUGAUUCCCUCAAAGUACCGUGAUUAGCUCCUGAAAGAUGUCUUCUAUAGAUCCCUAUCAGUACAUUGUGGUGGAACACCAGUAUUCCCAUAAGUUCAAAGUGACUGUGGUACGAGCUGAGAAGGUGACCAAGGGUUCUACCCUGGGAGACUUUUUGGACACUCCAGACCCCUACGUGGAGUUGUUCAUCCCAACCUCUCCAGACUCAAGAAAACGGACGCGACACAUUGACAAUGACAUCAACCCCAUAUGGAACGAGACCUUUGAGUUCAUACUGGACCCCAAUCAGGAAAACACUCUAGAGUUGACAUUGAUGGAUGCUAACUAUGUCAUGGAUGAGACCCUGGGAACGGCCUCGUACUCCAUUGCUAAACUCAAAGUGGGACAACCAGAAGUGGUUCCAUUCCCCAUUGGCAAGUUAACCAAGGUGUACUUGGAGAUGUCGUUAGAGGUGUGUUCAUCCACAGACCUGCGGUUCAGCAUGGCCCUGUGUGACCAGGAGAAGCUGUUCAGACAGACACGCAGAGACCGGGUGAUGCUGGGCAUCAAGAAACUACUCAACAUGGAGAAAGGACAACACCUCCCCACCUCAUUAAGAGAGGUCCCUACAAUUGCCAUUGUGGGGUCAGGGGGAGGGUUCAGAGCCAUGGUGUGUUUCUCUGGAGUGAUGAAGGCUCUGUAUGAGUCUGGAGUUCUGGACUGCGCUACCUACGUGGCUGGACUUUCUGGAUCUACCUGGUACAUGUCUACGCUGUACUCCCACCCUGAGUUCCCUAAGGGUAAGGGUCCAGGGGAGAUCAACCAGGAGCUGAUGAGGUGUGUGAGCAGUAACCCACUGAGGCUGCUGCUGCCCCAGAACAUCAAGCGCUACAUCAAGGCCCUGUGGAGAAAGAAGGCUGCCGGGCAGCCCGUCACCUUCACCGACAUCUUCGGCAUGCUCAUCGGGGAGACGCUCAUGCCCGGGAGGAUGGACUUCAAGCUGAGCCACAUGCAGAAGACUGUGAGCGAGGGUCAGAGCCCAAUGCCUCUCUUCACCUGUCUGCACGUCAAGCCAGACGUCUCAGAACUCAUGUUCGCUGACUGGGUGGAGUUUACCCCGUACGAGAUUGGCAUGGCCAAGUAUGGUACCUUCAUGUCCCCGGGCCUGUUUGGCAGUAAGUUCUUCAUGGGCAGCGUGGUGAGACAGUACGAGGAGAACCCCCUGCAUUUCCUCAUGGGGGUGUGGGGCAGUGCUUUCUCCAUCCUCUUCAACCGGGUCAUGGGGGUCAAAGGGACCACUGGAGGUAGCACCAUGGAAGAGGAGCUUGAGCAAAUAAAGCCUCAGCACAUUGUGGGUGAGGAGACGCAGGAAAAUGAGGACGAGCCAAGAAAAGCGGGUGGAACAGAAAACCAGGAGGCAGAGGAAGAGCUCCAGCGUAAUGCCCAGGCCAGCUGGACCAGCAGGAUGUUCACCUCCCUGGUGGGGGAGUCCACCCUCUUCAACACCCGUGAGGGCAGAGCCGGAAAGGUGCACAACUUCAUGCUGGGGCUCAACCUGAACUCCUCCAUGCCUUUCUCCCCCUUCAACAACAGAUCAUACACACACCACAACCUGGAGGAGGAACAGGAUGCCGUCACAGACCCAGAUGAGUUUGACCGCAUCUACGAGCCGCUGGACGUGAAGAGUAAGAAGAUCCACAUAGUGGACAGUGGUCUGACCUAUAACCUCCCGUACCCACUCAUCCUGCGGCCGCAGCGUGGCGUCGACCUCAUAAUCUCCUUCGACUUCUCAGCCCGGCCCAGUGACUCCAGCCCACCCUUUAAGGAGCUCCUGCUAGCUGAGAAAUGGGCUCGCAUGAACAAGCUUCCCUUCCCAAAGAUCGACCCCAAAGUGUUUGACCGUGAGGGCCUCAAGGAGUGUUAUGUCUUCAAACCCCGCAAGGAAGACAAGUGCUGCCCCACCGUCAUCCAUUUUGUACUGGCCAACAUCAACUUCAGGGAAUUCAAAGCUCCCGGAGUCCCUCGAGAGACAGAUAAAGAGAAGGAGUUUGGUGACUUUGAUGUCUUCGACGACCCCGAGAGUCCGUACUCCACGUUCAACUUCCAGUACUCCAACCAGGCCUUCACCCGCCUCCACGACCUCAUGGAGUUCAACACGCUCAACAACAUCGAGGUGAUCAAGGAUGCGAUAAUGGACAGCAUCAGCCAGAGACGGGAGGAUCCCUCACGCUGCUCCGUCUCCAUCUCACUCAAUGAGAUUGAAAACAAGAAGUUCUUGAAACGGAACGUCAGCUCAGCUAAGCUUCCCAUAUAACUUCACCAGAGACACCUUUCUAUAUCCAUGACAAGACAUGGAGGUUAAGUUUUUUGAUAGAACAAAACGUUACAGCUCUAAGAACAGAUAAGAAUGGUAACCAACCUAUCCUUGUAGCUGCAAAGCUUAUCUCUGUUUGAAUGGAAUAUAAGCCUCACUUCAAGCUAGCCUGGUCUCAGACCUGUUUGUGAUUUCUUGCCAACUCACGACAAUGGCCAUGGGAGUUUGAAAGACAGUACAAACUGAUCUGAGACCAGGGUGACUUAAAGCAACUAUGCAGCCUCUUCUUUUGAGCUCUGUAUGACUAUUGUUUGGGAGAGGAUGCAGCACAUCUUGUUCUGUAUAUUCCUGGCCUAGCAUCUGGGGUGGUGUGGUUAAUCUUUAAACGGGUCGCUCACUCUCUCACACACACACACUCCAUGCCUUCAUGCAGCAGGCAGAGGAGAGAGGAGAGAUCACACCUGGGAAUGCAUGUUUGUGUGAAGGCCUGCCUAGCGAUGCAAUGUAUCUCGGGCAGGGGCCAGUCUAGGCGUGGCGUUGUCAAGGGAUGAACAUUUACUUCUAAAACGGAUUUUACUGACUCACGUAUUUGCUGCAGAUCCAAACUUGAAAUAUCUGUAGUUGAAUUAGAAUGACUCCUUACCAAUGAUAUUUUCUUUAUGCCUUUCUAACUAUCUUUACCGGUCUCUUGUUCCCUUUUCAUCUAUUUAUUAGUAUUUUGUUCCAUACAUACUGGGGAAGGGUGUUUGGUCUUUUGCUUUAUCGUGGAAACAUUGCUGAGAUUUAGUGCAACCUUGUCUCUGUUGCAGCAGAUGGGAGAAAAUAGCGUGUUUUCUUUAUCACACUGUGCCUGUACUCUCCCGUCUAGGAUUUUGAACCCCAGUCUCCCGGCCCCCGUGUGACAGGAGGGGAUACUGACCAUUAUACUAAUGAGGAGCUCAGGCUUGCAAGUCCACAGCUCCGCCUCUAAAAACACUCCUUCUGUAAGGCAAUCUGUGAAAUUCUAUUGGCACCCACAUUCUGCCUAGGCAAGCGUGCUAUUCACAGCAUUUACACAAUGGAGACCUGGCUCUCAAUUCCUCCUUCCUCUUCUCCCUCCUCCAGACUGUAGAAGAGAAGUGGGGGAAGGGAUGAUGGAAUGUCUCCUCCCCUCCUUUCCCCCUGUUUUACCCAGUGGGAGAGAAGUAGGGGAUGUCUGGGGAGGAGUGUUAGCUCACUCCUCCAGGGGAAGGCCUGGCUGAAUGGCGUGAUGUGAGGGUGAAAAGGCAUGUGGGGAGUUGAACAAACCUAGAAUUUCUCUGAGGCUGGCAAGUUGAAAUGGGCACGCAACACACAGGAAGCUCAUUACACACACAUUCCAUGUUGGGAUGGCCCUAUGCUAUAGACAGUGUCUCACAAAGGAUCAUCUUCCUUUGGGUUGCUUUUACAGUGCCUUGCAAAAGUAUUCAUCCCCUUGGCAUUUUUCCUAUUUUGUUGCAUUACAACCUGUAAUUUAAAUGGAUUUUUAUUUCGAUUUCAUGUAAUGGGCAUACACAAAUAGUCCAAAUUGGUGAAGUGAAAUGAAAAAAAUGACUUGUUUCAAAAAAAAAUCUGAAAAGUGAUGCAUGCAUAUUAUUCACACCUUUUGCUAUGAAGCCCAUAAAUAUGGUAUAGUGCAACCAAUUACCUUCAGAAGUCACAUAAUUAGUUAGAUUGCACACAGGUGGACUUUAUUUAAGUGUCAUAUGAUCUGUCACAUGAUCUCAGUAUACAUCUGUUCUGAAAGGCCCCAGAG